CACAAACCACACCAACUCCUCCACGGAUCUUUACCCUGCAACAACAUGGAUUCCGACGGUAUAAAGUCGCCGCGACUAGGCAAGAGAUCUCGAUCUGAAUUGGAAGAAGAAGAGCGCGGUGCGACUCCCGGCGCAAAACCUGGGCUCACCGCAGCCGACGAUGAUGAUACAUCGUCCGAUGAUGACUUUGGACCUGCGCUUCCCUCCGCUGCACCCAAGAAGAAGAAGAGGAAGCUGCCGUACGAGAGGCUGUACAUCGCUGCCCUACCAACUGCAAACCGCUAUUUUAAAUCGCUGAUGCACCGAGACCAACUAUGCUUUACCACAUUUACCCCCUUUACCGAUUUUCUCAUAACAAGCUCCAUCGAUGGAGUCGUCAAGUUCUGGAAGAAGGACUUCGGUGGUAUCGAGUUUGUAAAAGAGUUCCGCGCACACGAGGGAGAGAUUCGAUCCGUGAGUGUGAGCGUGGAUGGACGCAGCUUUGCGACGGCUGGUGUGGACAAGACAGUCAAGAUAUUCGAUGUUGUUACUUUCGAUCUUCUCGCCAUGGUCGAACUCGAUUACGUACCGAAAGCAUUGUGUUGGGUUCAUGGCCGUGGUGCUUCCCUCCCAUUACUUGCGGUUUCUUCGGAGGAGAAUUCAUGGAUCAGAAUUUACGACGGAAGGGGCGAGAGGCAGGAACCGAUACAUGUUCUCAAGAGCGUUCACAGGACACCGGUCUCCCUGAUGGCUUACAACAACGAAUACGAUUGUGUUGUGUCAAUUGAUCAGGGUGGCAUGGUAGAGUACUGGCAACCAAAUGGAACGUAUGAGAAACCCGAAAGUGUAUUCUCAAUGAAGAGCUCCACCAAUCUGUUUGAGUUCAAGAAGUCCAAAUGCGUACCUUCAUCCCUUACAAUAUCACCAACUGGCAAACAAUUUUCGACAUUCUCCUUCCCUGACCGCAAAAUUCGAGUCUUCGAUUUUGCUUCUGGAAAGUUAUAUCGAACUUAUGACGAAUCAAUCGAAACGAUAACGCAAAUGCAACAAGCUGGUACAGCCCUUACCAAACUCGAAGACAUUGAAUUCGGUCGUAGACUGGGUGUGGAACAAGACCUCGACAAUCCACUGAUCCGCCCACGCAUGAAUGUCAUCUUCGACGAGACGGGCAACUUUAUUCUCUAUGGUUCCAUGUACGGCGUUAAAGUAUUGAAUACGCUGACUAACCGGGUGGUCAAGGUAUACGGCCAGGAGGAACCUUUCAGACCCCUUCAUCUAGCACUCUACCAGGGUCAGCCAGAGAAGAAGGGCGUCGUCACGGUGGAAAUGGCAGCCAGUGAGAAUCCUUUGCUCCAGGAAGCAGAAGCCCGUGACGCUAUGCUUUCCUGCACUGGCUCAGGCAAAGUGCGAUUCUACAUGUUUACCAAUGACAAUAGUGUGACCAAGUCGGAACGUGACGUACAAAACGAGAAGCCCCGCAACAUUGCCAGCAAACAAAAGGAAGAAGCGAAGCAGGCCGCCACGGGUACAUCUGCCACCAUCCACACAACCUACGGAGACAUCACCAUCCGCUUGUUCCCCGAAGCGGCACCCAAAGCCGUCGAAAACUUUGUCACUCACGCAAAGAACGGGUACUACAACGACAUCAUCUUCCACCGCAUCAUUCGCAAGUUCAUGAUCCAAACCGGAGAUCCCAUGGGUGAUGGCACCGGCGGCGAAAGCAUCUGGGGCAAAGAAUUCGAGGACGAAUUCUCGACUCUCAAGCACGAUAAGCCGUACACUGUAAGCAUGGCUAACGCCGGACCUAACAGUAACGGGAGUCAGUUCUUCAUUACUACAGAGAAGACGCCAUGGCUUGACAACAAACAUACCAUAUUUGGCCGCGCCAUUCAGGGUCUUGACGUAGUGCAUAAGAUCGAAAACACAAAGGUUUACAAAGAGAAGCCGGAGGAGGAUAUCAAAAUUAUCAACAUCUCAGUUACGUAGAUAGAAAAGUUCUGGAAUACCCUUGCUGCAAUAAUACAUUUGGUUUCGUUACCAUCAAAGUGCUUCGUCGGGCAUAUUCUUCUAG